CCUGCCUAGCAUAACUUUGUUUUAUGAAGCCUGAGUAAGUUCCUUAAGUAAAACCUUUCCUAGCAAAAUCCCCUGAACAUGCCUUCACCAUCAGACUCCAGCAGUGUGGCUUCGGCCUCGGGGUCCCGAGGUUGGUCAGACAGCCGUCGGGGUAUGUCGGGCCGUGGGCAGGGUGGUGCGCGGCUGCUGUUGUACCUGGGGCUGUGCCACCUGGGCCUGGGUGCCAUGGUCCUGGCCUUCUCCUUCACCAGCAUGGCCUUUACCUCCUCUGCCCGCGUGCGUCAGUCUUGCCCAGUCUGGGCUGGAUUCUUUGUAGUGGCAUCAGGGAUAGUUGGGAUCAUCUCAUGGAGGAAGCCUCUGACUCUGAUGGUAUCACUGUUCAUGCUGCUGUCUGCAGUGUGUGUGAUCCUCAGUCUGGCUGGCUCAAUGCUCUCCUGUCAAAAUGCACAGAUGGUCAAAUCAAUGCUCACCUGCCAGGUGGAGAACGGUCUCUGUGUGUGUUGCACACCCACUCACUCCUGCUCCAUCACAGAGGAGGAGACCCUGGUGCUCUACCUGAAUGCUGACUGCCACUCGGUCAGACAUCAGCUGAAGGACCUGCUGUUCAGCGCAUGUGGUCUCAGUAUCCUCUCCACCAUCAUCUGCACCCUGUCCACUGUGACCUGCAGUAUCCAUAUAUUCUCCUUGGACCUUGUGCACCUGCUGGCCCCUCAUCGCUCUCGUUCCGUCAACCCAGAAUGCACCACUCCCCAGGAUGCCUUCCUGACCAACAUCAUGGACUUCGAGGAGUUUGUUCCACCCAUCCCUCCUCCCCCGUAUUACCCUCCCGAGUACACCUGCAGCUCUGAGACAGAUGCCCAGAGCAUCACGUAUAAUGGCUCUAUGGAGAGUCCUGUUCCUCUCUACCCCACUGACUGCCCUCCUCCUUAUGAAGCUGUGAUGGGACAGAGAGCCGCCAGCCAGGCAACGGUGUUUGACACCCACGGCACUGAGCUGUCUGGAGAGAGAGCAACUUCUACUGCCUUCAGUGGAGAAGUGUCCAUGGACAGUGGAUCUCUGCUCAUGUCAGAGAUUGUGGACAUCCCUGAUGAUUCCUCCCCUUCUGAGGAUUCGUGUCUGAUGGAGGUUGGGGUGAGGACCCAGGGGGAGAGGGGACACAGCAUCGCUGCUGAGAGGGGAGAUGGGGGAGACACAGGGGAGUACAUCAGCUUUCGUGGACCUCCGUCCCAGACACCAGAGAGUCCUCUGGCAAGCGGACCCAGAGCCAGACGCUUCUUCAGAGGAGAGAGGUCAAACUCCUGCUCUUCACCCAGUACAGCUACCACCACAUACAGGUCUCCGGUAUUGCGUCGCCAGGCCAUGCUAACUAGUAGCUGUUCCCAGCUGGAGAUGAUAGGUGCUGCUGCCUCUCGACAGCACUCCUCCAUCCCAGAGAUUCGGGUUCGCCCCUCCACCCCGUCACGACAGGGACCCGCCUCGGCCUCCUCCGCCUCCUCAGCUGCCAAUGAGCAGGGCGGUCAGGGUAACGGGCUGCCCCUCCCCCGCCAACCCCUGUACCUACGCCGAAGGAUUGGGAAGAGUGAGAAAGACGGAGGUGGCGCAAACAGGGAGACUGAUGGGCUCUUGCGCCUUGUGAGGUCACACAGUGAGCCAGGCCUGGGCUCCGCUGGUGACUUUAUCGGCUCAGUGGGCAGUAAGGAUGGCUCUCAAACAUCCACAGAGACAGGACCGUCCUCUGAAGCAUGUCUGUUGCCCCGCACACCUCUGCCUCCCGCUGCAGCUUUGCCCAGGAAAGGCAGCAUGAAGGCAGCAGCCACAGGGACACAGUUGCCCUCGAAACCUCCCCCAACCUCGCCGCUGCGUUUACCUAAAGACUGCCACCGUUCCCUGGGUGACCUUAAGGUGACCCGAGUUCUGGUCGCUCGCUUCCUGCAGCGCUCUAAACGCAACCUAGCGCCCUCUUCCGAGCAUGUGCAGGGGAGUACAGGGCAGGGGCCUAAAAGGAGGGGUGGAGCUGAGCCCAACGCCACCAACCACCUGCCUUUGGAGCAGGUGUUGCGUAACACCUGGGGCACCAGCCGAGGACACCCCAACUCUCAUCCCCAUCACCCUCAUCACCGUGGACACCACCAUUCCCAUAGCGACAGCCGGCACAACCGACGUCAUAGCAACCGGGCCCCGGCAUCAGAGGGGAUCCACCUGCGUAGCUGUGGAGAUUUAAGCUCCUCCUCCUCUGCAUCACUACGGCGAUUAGUGACACCCCAUCUACCACAUGGAUCGUCAGGGGCUCUCUACUCAGAGUCGGCACUGUGAGGACAAGAGGAGGGGAAAUGAAGGAUUGAGAAAAUAUAGGGGGGAUACAAAAUAAGUGGUAGUAUUAAGGGAGAUGGGGAUCGGAGGAAAAGAAGCAAGUUUAUGAUAGAAUGAGCAGUACGGAGAGGCCCAGGCAGGAUUCAGGUGGGACAUUUGUGACACAUUAGAUGGAGACAACUAAACUUUGAAAGUCUUCCCCCUCCGUUUGUCAUCACCCUAUCCUGAAACCAACUGUGCAAAUGGCCUUAUUCAGUGGUGCUCUUUCCUGCACUGAACGUCACCCCAGCGCUCACUCCCACUAGAGGCAGUGGGAGGAAGUAGCUGCAAGAUGCCCGUUACUGGUCAGUUUGGCUCAUUUCCUAACAGAACUGGAGGUGAUCACACACACAGAGAUCCGUGAUUGCCCCAAUGCAACCUACAAGGAGCGUCCUCUCAUUUCCUCUCAUCGUCUCUAUGCUCAUCUGGAAACAACCAGAUCACAUUCCCCUCAAGACUUGAGAUAGGACUCUACAAGCAACACACACUGUACCACAUACUCAUGGAUUGCAAUAUGCUUCUGGCUCCUUUUGUACAUUGUUUGCUACUUAUCCAGAGAAUUGCUCAGGUUAAGUGAUCAUUGAAACCCCUUAUUUUGUCUUCCAUUGGUAAAAAUGGCAUUCUACUACCCUAUCCACACAUUAGCCAAGUACAUUAUGUAAGAAAUACAGAGAUAAGAGUGUACACGCACAGAAAUGCUCCUACACAGAAAGCUCUUUAGUUUCACAAUCACGUUAAGUUUUUACUGAGUUGCUAGUUUUCUCUUUUUCUUAUGUACAAUUCAAAUGACCACUCUCUCCAUCCUGGUCCACCUCCACACCGGCCUUCACAGAGAGGCAGCCAGCAUUUCGAACACUGACACACUGACGUAUUCACAUACAUGGGUCUGUCACAUUUACAGACACGUGCGCAGCCUUUAACAUGUCUUGUCUUCGGGAAAGCCCCAGGACACGGUGGUUUGAUUUGAAUAUGUGCAUGUUUUGCUACAGGCUCCCAAGUACAGCAGGAACCUUGUGCAUUAGAUCCUGACCUACUGUGUAACUAACUAACUUGUCCUCAGAAUGUCUUUAUCUGCAUGUUUUGACAGUGCUUCUCCCUUUUUCCCUCUUGCACCCAAGACCUUUGAUAAUUGCCCUUUUGAAAAUGAUUUGUGUUAUUAGCCAGUUGAAAGGGAAGAUCCGAGUCAUAGAUAUAUGCAGUGUUUCUGCGCUGUCCUCUGGAUGGCUACAGACAUGCUACUGUGUGGUAAUUUGAUUGGGCUUGAAGUCGCGUAAGCACUAUCCAGGUGUAUCUAUGACUCAGGUGGAGGCAACCCUAUCUUGUAUAAAGAAGUGUAAAUUGCAGCAUGACUCUGGUGGGAGUGAAGAGUCUUUUGCAAUAAAUGUACAGAUGUAUUUGUUUAGAUGUUGGGCAUCAGGCAAUGUGUCGGCACAGUCCCUUUGGAUUUUAGAGGAAUGGAGAUGAGGGUUAAAGGAAAAAUAAUAAUAACCUUGGAUUGCUGGCACUCCAGUGACAAUGAGCAUCUGAUGGGUCUGGCAGGUCUGGAUACUGGAUGUUUGGAGUGUCUCAGAUUGGACUUAAAAGUUUCUUUGUUUUUUCGAGCGGAGGAAAGAUUUUUUGGUGUACUCACUAAGUGAUGACAUUGGGUCCAUAUCAGUAAAGGCACAUUUUGAAUACACUCAUAUGUAUGUAACUGAUUUUAAAGUUUUACACGCAUAUACACUUAGUCUACACACAAACACAGGCACACACACACAUAUACACACACACACACACACACACACAUGCACAUACACUCUCUUAUUAAGGCACUGAGCUGUGUUUCUACCUCCUGUCUUGCAUAUGAAAAUAUUAUUUAUUUGAAGAAAUGUAUAUCUGUAUGGCAGGCUUAAGAGGAUAGAGCCUUGAUACCUGAAUAAUAAAUGUAUCUACAUAUGACACCUAUUCCAAAUUUUAAAUGCAGUGUCAAUGGCAAAACUUUUAAUGCAAGUUAUGUAUUUCAACCUGUGAAAUAAAUUAUAGACAACAAAAAACGUCAA